AUGGAGGUGGUCGCGCUGGUGGUGUGCGCGCUGGUGGUAAGCGCAGCUCCCAACGCCACGCGCCGCCGAGACGCGCCGGACCACGAUGAAGACGAACAGCUCGACUACUACGAUGAAGCUAAGAUCAAUAUAUCAGAGAAGGGUAUGUAUCUUGGAUCUCCGUGCGAGUUCACAUGUAAUCCCCGCCUUCUUCACGUGUACUGCGAACCAAGAACCAGUUCGUGUCAGUGUGAUCUUAAACACCCCGUCUCGCUCGGGGUCGCCAGAGGCUGCGCUAAGCCAAAGAAACUGGGCGAGCAAUGUUUUUACCAAGAGACAUGCCGUGCGUUCGACCCUCACGCAUCCUGUGCGCAGAUCAAUCACAACGCGUACUGCCAGUGUGAUGCCGGCUACCACACCACAACACACUCCAGGCCCACCCAAAGAAUCUUCUGCACUGAAGACUUGGUACUGCUGACGGCGGAUAUGCCGACGCUGUUAGGAGUAUCGUCGGGUAUCUUCGUACUGGCUGGGCUGCUGUGUAUGGUGCUACAUCUGUACACUAAGGCUCGCUACCACCCGGCACACUUGGCAGACGCCAGGCUCACACCGCCCUGCCUCUACUCACUUAAUGAUACCGGAGGUACACUGAGCGCUACCCGCGCGUCGUCCCGCGCCUCCUCCCGCAGUGGCUGCACCAGCGGUACCCUGGAGGAGUCCCGGCGUGAGUCCCGCCGCGGCGCGUCCCGGGCAGGUGCGGCGCGCACGGCGGCCAUCUUGCUAAUCUCGCGCCACCUGAAGGCCGUAAGGGACGGCGGCGCGCACCCGAAGUGCGCCGCCAAAGGUUCGAGACGUCCAAGUUUAAGUUCAGUGCAGAGCAGCUCAUCCUCGAUUAGGAGUUAUAGUGCGAAGAAGUGGGAGAGAGAGAGAGAACAGAAAGAGAGACGGCAAAUGAGCAUGCGACUGGCGCAGCUUCACGACAAGAUGACGGCCGGGAGAGACCUCCCAAAACACGCUCCGACACCAUCGCCACGCUCACCAAACAACUCCACCGAUGGGCUGCUUCCAGCAGUAUGUGAAAUUAGAGAAUUAGGAGCGAGUUCAGAGCAACAGUUGCAGGGCGUGGACGGGCCAUGCUCGAGCUCCUCGCUUUACUGA